AUGUGGGCGGCCGGUGCUGUGGUGGCCAACAAACUCAGUGAAUGCAAGUCAGUGCGGGUGCUAUUGCUUGAGGCAGGAGGUGCUCAAAAUGCCACAUAUAAUGACAUACCCGGUAUGAUGAAAUACAUAUACAAGGAUAAUGUGAAUAUAUGGAAAUACUGGAAUGAACCCCACGAUAAUUAUGGCCAAGGGUAUGCCGGGGGUCGGGUGCCCGACCAUAAGGGCAAAACAUUGGGCGGUAGUACUGCUCAUAACGGUAUGUAUUUUAAUAGAGGAAAUGCGAGGGGUUAUGACGAAUGGGUCAAUACAUACGGUGCUGUCGGUUGGAGUUAUAAGGAUUUGUUGCCAGUGUUUAAGGAAUGGGAGAAUAAUACCGAUCGGAGUGUUGUUGAGAGUAAUCCCGGAUAUCACGGGACUACUGGUCCCAUACAAGUGUCUGCGCCUAAAAAUCCCGACAAAAUUAUUGAUGUGUUUCAUAAUGUAGUGAAUCAGUUGGGAUAUAGGGAUACAGAUGUAAACGGACCCAUUCAGACAGGCUAUCAGUUGCUUCAGCUGUACAUUAAUGGACAGGGGUUUAGGUCGGGAACGGGUAAUGCAUUCGUGGACCCGAACCCACACGAAGACAAUCUGCAUAUCGUUUGCAAAGCAUUGGUCUCAAGAAUACUAUUCAAUGUAUCUUGGCCAAACGUCGUACUAUUCCACUCAGGGUAUAACGGGACCGUCAAAACGAGUCUCAAUUUAGUUAAAAUCAAAAGCAGGGGAACUAUACGCCUACAGUCGACCAACCCUUUAGUGCCGCCUCUAUUGGACCCAAACUGGUUGUCCACACCCGAUGAUAACCAGAAUAUUAUGGACGCCACCAGGUUCAGCUGUCCAGUGUGUCGGUACCGGUAUCUGUAUGAGUGUACCGAAGGGUUGAUGUGUUAUAUUAGGUAUAAUACGCUGUCGUCCUAUCAUCCGGUGGGCAGUUGUCGUAUGGACUCAAUAGACAGACCCGAUGUUGUGGUCGACCCACAGUUGAGGGUUAAGUACGCGAAGAACCUCAGGGUAUGCGACGCCUCUAUAUUCCCAGUCCUACCCAACGCUAAUACCGGUGCCGCCGCUAUAACCGUAGGCCAUAAAUGUGCCCAAUUCAUCAAAGAUUAUUAUGAUUUACAUUAG